CAAGGUUAGCACCAAACAGUACUGGAAAAGAGGGGGCCGCUCCGACGGCGACCGCCUCCCCCAUCCCUCCAUUAGCCAUCUCACCAACACUCUCCGAGGACCGGCAGAUGCUCCCCCUGGGCCCCUCCUCCUCCCCCUUCUCUCGCUAACCCCUUCUCCUCUACCGUGUCUUCGAAGCCCACCCUCCCAUCGCUCUCCCUUUCGCCUCCUGCGCUCCAUUUAUUCCCACCGCCCUGUUUCGGUCUUCCUCUUUCUCUCUAACUCUCUCGAUUCCUUCGAUCUCUUCGUCUCCGGCCAUGGCGUCGGGGAGCUACAAGAAUGGGGGUCCGAAGCUCUCGGCCAAGCUCGAUCGGCAGCACUCCGCCGUCUACUCCACCCCCAAGGCAUCCGCCAAGUCCCGCCCCCCCGCCACCCCCGCCUCCGCCUCCGGCCUCCGCCGCAGCUGCGCCGGCAACCCCGCCUCCGCCCCCGCCGGCAACAAAGGCGACGCUGGAGUUCCUGGAAGAGUUCGAGUGGCUGUUAGACUCCGGCCUCGAAAUGCAGAAGAGUUGGUGGCAGAUGCCGAUUUUGCGGAUUGUGUUGAAUUGCAACCAGAGCUUAAAAGGUUAAAGCUCCGCAAAAAUAAUUGGGACUCAGAGACCUAUGAGUUUGAUGAGGUUCUCACAGAAUUUGCCUCACAAAAACGUGUUUAUGAAGUUGUUGCUAAACCAGUUGUUGAGAGUGUUCUGGAGGGAUAUAAUGGUACUGUUAUGGCUUAUGGACAAACUGGUACGGGGAAGACUUUCACUCUUGGAAUGCUAGGAGAGGAAGACAAUGCUGCCCGGGGAAUUAUGGUUCGUGCAAUGGAGGAUAUUCUUGCAGAUGUAUCUGCGGAUACAGAUUCUGUAUCUGUAUCCUACUUGCAGCUAUACAUGGAAACUGUUCAGGACCUUCUUGUUCCUGGAAAUGAUAACAUUGCCAUUGUAGAAGAUCCAAAGACGGGGGAUGUUUCACUCCCUGGGACCACCAUCGUAGAGAUAAGAGAUCAGAGGACCUUUGUGGAACUUCUAAGACUGGGGGAAGCUCACCGCUUUGCUGCAAACACAAAAUUGAAUACGGAGUCAUCUCGCAGCCAUGCUAUCCUUAUGGUGCAUGUUAAGAGGUCUGUUAAGGGAAGGCACGAUGCCGAACCAGGUUUACCUAGUGAGAAUGGCAAUGCCUCCCGCCUUGUCUCCUCUCUUAGGCCACCUAUCGUUCGGAAAAGCAAGCUUGUUGUUGUUGAUCUUGCAGGAUCAGAGCGAAUAGAUAAGUCGGGAAGUGAGGGACAUACGCUGGAAGAAGCAAAAUCUAUUAAUCUAUCACUAAGCGCAUUAGGAAAAUGCAUCAAUGCACUAGCUGAAAAUAGUCCACAUGUUCCCUUUCGUGAUUCAAAGCUGACAAGACUCCUUAGAGAUUCAUUUGGAGGGACUGCAAGAACUUCACUGGUUGUGACAAUUGGUCCAUCUCCACGCCAUCGAGGAGAGACGGCAAGUACUAUAAUGUUUGGACAAAGAGCAAUGAAGGUGGAGAACAUGGUGAAGUUAAAGGAGGAAUUUGAUUACAAAAGCUUAUGCAGGAGGCUUGAUAUUGAGAUAGACAAGUUAAUUGCAGCAAAUGAAAGGCAGCGGAAAGAUUUUGAAGAUGAGGUUGAGAGAAUAAGGGCAGAAGCACAGAGUCAUAUUUCUGAGGCUGAAAGAAACUAUAUGAAUUCUCUAGAGAACGAGAGAUUGAAGUACCAGAAAGACUAUAUGGAAUCAAUAAAAAAACUCGAGAAGAAGUGGAGAAUGAAUCAGCAAAUCAGCAAUAAUGACAAAACGACAGUUGAGCAUGUCCAAUGUUUGGACAAACCAUGUAACAUUGAGGGAUCAACUGCAUCUAACUCGGAUGAAAUUACUGGGGUUAGGCAGUUACUCCAGAAUGAAAAGCUCUUACAAGAAUCUACUGAAGAGGAGGUUAAUGACCUUAAGAGCCAAGUGUUGCACUGGAAAAAUUUGGAAGGAGCAGCAAGUGCUGAGAUUAUAAAGCUCCGCAAGAUGCUAGACAAUGAAGCUAAUCAGAAGCAGAAGCUUGAAGAAGAAAUAACAAUAUUAAAGGGUCAGCUGUUGCAGUUGAGUGUUGAAGCUGAUGAGACAAGGAGGAGUCUUGACAGAGGUGGGUCUGGGAAAAUCUUAACAGGAUUAGAUUCCCUUAUGUCUCAAGCUAGGCAUUCACAGAUUAGAGACUCAGGAAAUGGACCUAAGGCAUCAAUUGCUAAACUCUUUGAACAAGUGGGGUUGCAAAAAAUAUUGUCAUUGCUUGAAUCAGAAGAUGCUGAUAUCCGUAUUCAUGCAGUAAAGGUGGUAGCGAACCUAGCAGCUGAAGAAGCAAAUCAGGAGAAGAUUGUAGAAGCUGGUGGUCUUACGUCAUUGCUGAUGCUCUUGAGAAGCUCAGAGGAUGAAACAGUACAUAGAGUAGCAGCUGGAGCAAUUGCUAAUCUUGCAAUGAAUGAAACCAAUCAGGAGCUUAUCAUGGCUCAAGGUGGCAUUAGUUUGUUAUCAAUGACUGCAGCUGAUGCUGAGGACCCCCAGACUCUUAGAAUGGUUGCAGGAGCUGUAGCCAAUUUAUGCGGAAAUGAUAAACUACAAACAAGGCUGAGAGCAGAAGGUGGCAUUAAAGCAUUGCUAGGAAUGGUUAGAUGUGGGCACUCUGAUGUUCUUGCUCAAGUUGCACGUGGCAUAGCAAACUUUGCAAAGUGCGAGUCUAGAGCUUCCACACAAGGAAAUAAAGGAGGAAAGUCUCUCUUAAUUGAAGAUGGAGCACUUCCAUGGAUUGUAAAAAAUGCCAACAACGAAGCUGCACCAAUUAGAAGACACAUUGAGCUUGCAUUAUGCCACUUGGCACAACAUGAAGUAAAUGCAAAGGAUAUGAUUAGUGAGGGAGCCUUGUGGGAGCUGGUUCGCAUUUCACGUGAUUGUUCUCGAGAAGAUAUUAGGACAUUGGCACACCGGAUUCUGACUUCCAGCCCUACUUUCCAAUCAGAGUUGAGAAGAUUACGCAUAGAAUAUUGAGAUAUGUUGAUGUUGAGCCCCAUGCAUUGAAUGUAAAUUGAGAAGUAGCAGAUAAAUUUUUGAGUUGCAUCUUCUGCAAGGAAUGAGGGGUAGAAAGUACGAAGGAGGCUUUGCUUGGCAUCGUCUGGGCAAAUGAGGUGAAUUCGAAUCAAGUUCCAGUAUUGAACUUGUGAUAAUUUAAAGAAUCUUCGGUUUCUAUCUAGAAGGCAGUGCUCUUGGGUUUGCGAACCCUGAAUUCAGGGGGAGGUCAAGAAUCCCUGUCGUCAAUUCUUUUUUGUUCAUAUACCAGCCAAACCCACGCCUACCUACCUAGCUAUUGUACAAGUGUGUAUAUGAUUUAAAAGGUAAAUAAGAUGGUUGUGACUUACAUUAACAGUAACUCGCUAGAGGUUUUAACCUAUUGAGAUUUCCAACUAUAUUUGUAUCAUCCCAUAUCAAAUGGUGAAGGAUUGCAGGUUACUUGAGAUUUUUUACUUGAA